ACCCUGGGGAGGCCAAUUGCGGCGACACGCCAUCCUCACUCACAUUCAUCGCUUCAGAACAACCGAGCAGCCGAACGCCCUGCGUCGCUCCCGCCGCAGCCAUGGCGGACAACGGGAGCUCCGACAGCAUCCGCGCCGGCAACGAUUCCAAGGGCGUUGCCGAGGACCACCUCGAGAAGGGCGUCUUACGCACCGAGCAUGUCGACCUCAACCGGAAUCUCGAGGCCAGGAUCAAGAACCCGCUCGAGGGCAUCCCGCGCGACGAGCUGAUGAGCCGCGUCGACGCGUUCGCGCAGGAGAAAGGCCUGACUGAGCACGUGGCGCUGCUGCGCAAGGGCGCCCUCGUGGCCCAGGACCCCAAUGCCUUCGAGGACAUCACGGGGCCCGAGGCCCUGGAUGAGGAGGAAAAGGAGGUUCUCCGCAACGAGAUCCAGCACAAGUGGCGCCUUCCCUUGCGGCUGUAUCUGACCAUCUUCACAUGCUCCAUCGGCGCUGCCGUCCAAGGCUGGGAUCAGACCGGCUCCAACGGCGCCAGCAUCUUCUUCCCCAACGUCUACGGCAUCGGGACCAACAGCACACGCGACACCAUCCUGGUGGGCCUCGUCAACGCGGGCCCCUACAUCGGCAGCGCCUUCAUCGGCUGCUGGCUCUCGGACCCCAUCAACAACUAUCUCGGCCGCCGCGGCGUCAUCUUCGUCGCCGCCCACUUCUGCCUCUGGCCCGUCAUCGGUUCCGCCUUCUGCCAAACCUGGGGCCAGCAAUUGGCCUGCCGCAUUCUCAUGGGCAUCGGCAUGGGCGUCAAGGCGUCGACUGUGCCCAUCUACGCGGCCGAGAACUCGCCCGCGGCGAUUCGAGGUGCCCUCGUCAUGUCAUGGCAGAUGUGGACGGCUUUCGGCAUUCUCCUCGGUACGGCUAUCAACCUAGCCGUCUUUAGCGUGGACAAUAUCAACUGGCGGUUGAUGCUGGGCGCCCCCUUCAUCCCGGCCGUGCCUCUCCUUUGCCUGAUCUAUCUCUGCCCCGAGUCGCCCCGCUGGUACAUGAAGAAGGACCGGUACAAGGACGCCUGGGAUUCCAUGGUGAAGCUCCGGAACCACCCGCUGCAGGUGGCACGCGAUAUCUUCUACAUCCACUCACAGCUCGAGCUCGAGUACCAGCUCCUGCGUAACAGCACAUACAUCCAACGCUUCAUCGAGCUCUUCACCAUCCCCCGCGUGCGCCGCGCCACCCUCGCAGCAUUCACCGUCAUGAUCGCCCAGCAGAUGUGUGGCAUCAACAUCAUUGCAUUCUACUCGACCACCGUCUUCAAGGAGAACGGAUCCGACGAGUUCCACGCCCUGCUCGCGUCGUUCGGCUUCGGCCUCAUCAACUGGGCCUUCGCCUUCCCAGCCUUCUGGACCAUCGACACAUUCGGCCGCCGCUCGCUCCUGCUGUUCACCUUCCCGCAGAUGACGUGGACGCUGCUCGCCGCCGGCCUGUUCACGCUGCUGGACAUGGGCACGGCGCGCACGGCGCUGGUCGCGCUCUUCGUCUACCUCUUCGGCGCCUUCUACUCGCCCGGCGAGGGUCCCGUGCCGUUCGCGUACAGCGCCGAGGUGUUCCCGCUGUCGCACAGAGAGGUCGGCAUGGGCUUCGCCGUCGCCGUCUGCCUGUUCUGGGCCGCUGUGCUGGGCAUCACCUUCCCGUUCCUGCUGGCCUCGACGGGCACCCUCGGCGCCUUCGGCUGCUACGCCGGCUUCAACUUCGUCGCCUUCAUCAUGAUCUUCUUCUGGGUGCCCGAGACCAAGCAGCGCACCCUCGAGGAGCUCGACUACGUCUUCGCCGUGCCGACCGCCCGCUUCGGCCGCUACCAGCUCACCGAGGCCCUGCCGUGGUUCAUCAAGCGCUGGGUGUUCUUCCAGCGCAAGGCCCAGCUGCGGCCCCUGUACCAGUUUGAGCAGGAGAAGAAGGCCAAGAAGGAAGGGGAGACUGCCGUUGUUGCUUAGGUGUGAUACCACAGUUACUGUUUGUUGGCUGCGAGAGAAAGUAGGGCAAGUUAUCUGAUGGUGGGAUUUGCGAGCUUCCCAAAUCGUGUACCUAGGGUGCUACAAUCGGACCCCGGACUGCCGAUUAGCUGAAAGACAAGCAAAACAACGUCUCUUAAGCAGAGGGAAGCUUUAAACCCUAGCAGUGGUCGGCAAACU